CUCAAAGGUCUCUCUUUUGAUGCAACCAUACAGAUCGGCGAAUUGCGUGAUCGAGUACAGGAGACGCUGUACCAAGUGGCUCGUGAAACACACCCAGCUGUUGCGCCAGCAUCCAGAUUCGGCAAUUUGCUUCUGCUUUUCCCUUCGAUAACAGUUACUUUUUACCAGAAUUAUUUGGAGCACCAAUUUUCCGGAAUUGUUGAUCGUACAAUAGACGAGCUGGUGGAACCGCUCAGAGCACUGAAACUUACAGAUGAAGAAGCAGCACUGCUGAAGGCAGUCAUCGUCCUAAACCCUAAUCUCAAAGGUCUCUCUUUUGAUGCAACCAUACAGAUCGGCGAAUUGCGUGAUCGAGUACAGGAGACGCUGUACCAAGUGGCUCGUGAAACACACCCAGCUGUUGCGCCAGCAUCCAGAUUCGGCAAUUUGCUUCUGCUUUUCCCUUCGAUAACAGUUACUUUUUACCAGAAUUAUUUGGAGCAGUUUUUUUUUUGA